GCAGUGGUUCACAAAUCACAAGCCCUCAGAUUGCCCGGUCAAUUUGCCAUGGGUUAGUCACCCCCCCUGCACAAUUACUCGGCCGGUCGGACAAACACAGGCAGGGGUUCCACACUGCCCGCCGCGGGCACCCUGUUGUUGUUGCGAGUCAACGAGCACCCGGUCGUACUGUGAGCUACUCACCAGUUUAACUGAUUUCUUCCCACCAUGGGAUGCUGCCGAUGUUCGCCUUCAUCUUGCGUACCUCUUGAAGAGGUCAAGGGUCGACUACCUACACUACAUACAUUGUCAGUGAUCAACGUCGUCAUCGGCAUUGUGAGCAUGUCUCUGGGUAUUCCCACUGUCGUCUUCGUCAUUGCCAAUCCACAAAGUCCGUUCUCCUCCGGUACCGGAAUAUACACAGGAUUUUUGAUAUUCUUGUUCGGAGUGUUUGGGCUGCUGAUGCUGAAGGAGGCAAAGGCAGAGAUACCAUCCAAGAUAAGGUGUCUGGUUGUGGCUGUCCGGGCGUGUAUGAGCACGGCGUUGAAUCUUGGGUUUCUGCAUCUGAGCUUCUCUAUCUGGUCAAUGGCCGUCUGCUUCUCCGGUGAUGGCGGCCAGACGUGCGGUGGUCAACAUCGCUCUGCCAACAGCCUCCUCUCCGUAUUCAACAGCAUCGUCGCGCUGACCAGCGCGGUGUUGAACCUUGUGUAUCAGGUCUAUGCCGCUAAGGUAUUGAAUGCCCUCUGGGGCUUGAAAAAAGGCUGCGACGUGGAGAUGGUAAAUGCCUAGACUUGCCACACCAAUACCAGGAAAAUACCAUGAUGACACCAGGAAAAUACCAUGAUGAUACCAGGAUAAUACCAUGAUGAUACCAGGAUAAUACUAUGAUGACACCAGGAUAGCAUUAUAAUACAACAACGAAACCCUUAGUUUGAAAUUCACGUAGCUGGAUAAUAACAUAUUUCUUGAUGACCAAUGGGUCCAUCACAGGCAGGACACGCCCAUUUCAGAUCUUGGAUGCCGGACGACUUUAAACUAGCUUCUGAGACAGUUCAAUGCCUUAUUUGUUAUGGGCUUGAGAAAAUUGCAUGGGGGCAUGGAUCAUGGGGGUGAAAAAUCGUUGGAAAGAUACUGAAAAUAUUUCUUAAAACGUUCCUAACUGUAAAUUAUUACGCAAAACAUGUUUAUGUUAUUCGGCAACAAUCACAACAGGGAGCCACGUCCUGUCCUAGACUGGUUUACCUGCCAUAGAGCGCUUGCGCUCCUCGCCUGCAGCCGCUGCGAGGCGAAGUGCAGGGUACCAAUCUAACUCUUUCCGGCCUCUAUCCUCAUACAGCAUUUCGCUGCGUUGAAAUGUCUGCCUGUGGAGAAGGACGGAGACAGACCCGCAGUUGGGCGUGAAACGUUGAUCCAUUUCUGUCUAGCGAGGUCUCCCUCUCGAGAUAGCCGGGAAUAGGCCUAUGGGCUCAUAUUAGGGAAACGUUGACCCAGUUUCCGUGUAGCGAGAUAUUAGCACUUUUGUACAGUGUGAGUAAUUGACGUUUCAUACCAUUCGGGAGGUAACUCUCAUGGAGAAGUAUGGUUUAUGGUUAAGAAUAAUAAACGUUGUCGGUUUCAAUUUUAUCAAUACCUGCAUGUCUGCCAUGUGCAGAUCUACUUCAUUUCAAAAUAAUAUCACAACAUUGUAGGAAUUACUUUGAAAAUAUUAAUUAUGAAAAAUAUUAGUAACUCUACCACUAUAGAUACAUCAAUGUCAACGGUAUCAUGUAUACCAUUAUGAUUGUGUCAGCUUUAUACCCAAUGUUUCUUGAAAACAAUAACAAAUGUUUCAGUGAGUCAUUGUUGUGAAACCAUAUUCACUAGUUUUGUGUGCAUUACCAUAUUUGUACACUGUAACACAUCUGUGUGACUUAAUAACAUCAUUCUAUGGCAGUCUUUGAAAACAAAUAAAACCCAAAGAUGUUUAAAACCUGCGCAUUGGGCUGUUUUACUUCUUUCACAUGUUUCAUUUCUCGCAUCGUGUAUAUAUUCAGUGUUUCUAGCAUCCUUUCACGAACAUAUCCCACUGAUUCGGUUAAACCAGGUUGAGUGAGGGAGUGAGUGAGUGAGUGAGUGAGUGAGCGAGUGAGUGAGUGAGGGUGAGCGAGUGAGUGAGUGAAUUGCAGUGUUCCAUUUAAGAAAAAUUAAAAGUUGACCUUCUGCGUUACUUUGGUUCUCGAUAAGAAAUAAAAGAUUUCUCCCUUGCUCAUGACCAAAUACCCGAGAAUUUACAUGACAUUCAUAAUGCCUUUUGUUUGGUAACCGCAGUAUACCUCCAUUGUCUGAAUUACUAUUAAUUUUGUAACAAAUGAGAUGUUUUGUAUAUUACUUCUUGUUCACGUAUUUACAUCGUGUGUUUAUUAAAUAAACAUAUUAUUAUCAUACA